CCCAGGUGGAAUCCAGGGGGCAGGCUGGCAUCCAGCUGUGGGCAGGUCCUGUGCCUAGGCACCACUGAGCACCCCCGACACUCCAUGCUCAGCCUCUACACAGGCUACAAGCCAUGUGACUCGCUAGGACUCGGAGUGUGUAAUUUCCUCCAGCUCCACUCAUACCUGACACGAAUACUAAUCAGCAGAGCUGACACUGAGCACUGCGGAGAGCACAGCACCGGUACACCGACACACCAUGGAGAUCAAAGAGCAGGGAGCGCAAAUGGAGCCGCUACUACCCACGAGAAAUGACGAAGAAGCAGUAGUUGACAGAGGAGGAACGCGUUCCCUAUUGAACACACAAUUUGAAAAAGAAGAUUUGGAAGGCCAUCGGACAUUAUUUAUUGGAGUUCAUGUACCACUUGGUGGCAGGAAAAGCCAUCGCCGUCACAGUCACCGACAUCGCGGACACAAGCACCAAAAAAAAGACAAGGAACGGGACUCAGGUUUAGAAGAUGGACGGGAAUCUCCUACAUACGACACUCCAUCUCAGAGGGUUCAAUUUAUCCUGGGAACAGAAGAUGACGAUGAAGAACACAUUCCACAUGACUUAUUUACAGAGCUGGAUGAAAUCUGUUUGCGAGAAGGUGAUGAUGCUGAGUGGCGGGAAAUGGCCAGGUGGUUGAAGUUUGAAGAAGAUGUUGAAGAUGGUGGGGAGCGAUGGAGCAAACCCUAUGUGGCCACGUUGUCUCUUCACAGUCUGUUUGAAUUGAGAAGUUGUAUUCUGCAUGGUACUGUGUUGCUGGACAUGAGGGCCAACUCCUUGGAAGAAAUAGCAGAUAUGAUCCUUGAUCAACAAGUAGCUUCAGGGCAACUAAGUGAGGAUGUCCGUCACAGAGUUCAUGAGGCUCUCCUGAAACAACACCAUCAUCAAAACCAAAAGAAGUUAAGUAAUCGAAUACCAAUUGUUCGCUCAUUCGCUGAUAUUGGCAAGAAACAAUCAGAGCCUCAUUCCAUGGACAAAAAUGCAGGUCAGCUUGUGUCCCCGCAGUCUGCUCCCUCUUGCAUUGAACAUAAAAACGAUGUCAGUCGAGAAAACAGCACUCUUGACGUUACCAAGUUUGAUUUACAUUUCAUGAAAAAAAUUCCUCCUGGAGCAGAAGCUUCCAACAUCUUAGUUGGUGAACUGGAGUUUUUAGAUCGAGCUGUGGUCGCUUUUGUUAGACUUUCUCCUGCAGUUUUGAUCAAUGGCCUUACAGAAGUCCCCAUUCCAUCAAGAUUUCUGUUUAUACUACUGGGACCACUUGGAAAGGGACAGCAGUAUCAUGAAAUCGGACGGUCAAUUGCCACUUUGAUGACAGAUGAGGUAUUUCAUGAUGUUGCAUAUAAAGCCAAGGAUCGUAAUGAUCUGGUCUCUGGGAUUGACGAGUUUCUUGAUCAAGUGACAGUGCUUCCACCUGGCGAGUGGGAUCCAUCAAUCCGAAUUGAACCACCUAAAAAUGUUCCAUCACAGGAAAAGCGUAAAACGCCAGGGGUGCCUAAUGGAACAGCGGCACUAGGAGAACCGGAAGAACAUGGGGGACACAGUGGCCCUGAACUACAAAGAACUGGAAGGUUUUGUGGGGGUCUGAUGCUGGAUAUCAAGAGGAAAGCUCCUUUUUUCUGGAGUGACUUCAGGGAUGCAUUUAGUUUGCAAUGUUUAGCUUCAUUCCUGUUCCUUUACUGUGCAUGCAUGUCACCUGUCAUCACAUUCGGAGGUCUUCUUGGAGAGGCAACUGAAGGCCGUAUAAGUGCAAUAGAAUCUCUAUUUGGAGCCUCAAUGACAGGGAUAGCCUUUUCCUUGUUCGGGGGACAGCCUCUUACUAUUCUGGGGAGUACAGGACCAGUGCUGGUGUUUGAGAAGAUAUUGUUUAAAUUUUGCAAGGAUUAUGGACUGUCGUAUCUCUCAUUAAGGGCAAGCAUAGGCCUGUGGACGGCCUUCAAUUGCAUUGUCCUGGUUGCCACCGACGCAAGUUCCCUGGUGUGUUACAUUACACGGUUUACCGAGGAAGCAUUUGCGGCACUCAUCUGCAUCAUUUUCAUUUACGAGGCCUUAGAAAAGCUGUUGCAACUAGGUGAGAAACAUCCAAUCAACAUGAAUAAUAAUUUGGAACUUCUAACACAGUAUUCGUGCAGCUGUGUCGAGCCCAGUAAGCCGAGCAAUGGUACCUUAACAUAUUGGGAGAAACAUAAUAUUACAGCAUCAGAGAUACCGUGGAGUAACCUGACUGUCUCUGCAUGCCAUCAUUUUAAAGGAGAUUUUAUGGGUACAGCCUGUGGACACGAGGGUCCCUAUGCACCUGAUGUUCUGUUCUGGUCCAUCAUCUUAUUCUUUGCAACCGUCACAAUGUCCUCAACUCUGAAACAAUUCAAAACCAGCCGUUACUUUCCAACAAAGGUGCGUUCCAUAAUCAGUGACUUUGCCGUGUUCCUUACUAUAAUGGUUAUGGUAGUGAUAGACUAUUGUCUUGGAAUUCCAUCCCCAAAGCUUCAGGUUCCGAGUGAUUUCAAGCCUACAAGAGAUGAUCGUGGCUGGUUCGUGAACCCGUUAGGACCAAAUCCUUGGUGGACAGUGGUUGCUGCUAUCAUUCCAUCUCUGCUCUGUACCAUCCUGAUCUUUAUGGACCAACAAAUUACAGCUGUCAUUAUUAACAGGAAAGAACACAAGUUAAAGAAAGGCUGUGGCUACCAUCUUGAUCUGCUGAUGGUUGCUGUCAUGCUUGGUGUAUGCUCGCUGAUGGGUCUGCCCUGGUUUGUUGCUGCCACUGUCCUCUCCAUCACUCAUGUGAAUAGUCUCAAGCUGGAGUCGGAGUGUUCGGCUCCAGGAGAGCAGCCUAAGUUUUUAGGGAUCCGCGAACAAAGGGUUACAGGACUCAUGAUUUUUGUACUCAUGGGGUCCUCUGUAUUUAUGACAAGGGUUCUUCAGUUUAUACCUAUGCCAGUUCUUUAUGGAGUCUUUCUCUAUAUGGGUGCCUCAUCACUAAAGGGAAUUCAGUUCUAUGACCGGAUAUUAUUAUUCUGGAUGCCACCAAAACACCAGCCGGACUUUAUCUAUUUGAGGCACGUCCCCCUUCGUAAGGUCCACCUCUUUACCAUACUGCAGCUAACCUGUCUUAUACUGCUGUGGGUAAUCAAAGCCUCCAAGGCAGCCAUUGUUUUCCCAAUGAUGGUAUUGGCAUUGGUCUUUGUAAGGAAACUAAUGGAUUUUUUCUUUACUAAACGAGAACUGAGUUGGUUGGAUGAUCUAAUGCCUGAAAGUAAGAAAAAGAAGUUGGAAGAUGCAGAGAAAGAGGAGGAACAAAGCAUGUUGGUGUUGGAAGAUGAAGGAACUGUCCAGUUACCGAUGGAAGGGAACUGCAGAGAGGACCCAUCAGUAAUAAACAUUUCUGAUGAAAUGGCAAAAACAUCAGUGUGGAAGACUCUGCUAUUAACCUCAGAAAACACAAAGACUAAGGAAUCCAGCUUUUCUUCUAAAAGCUCUGAAAGCAAGAUGGAGAAUAAAGCUGCCUCAGGAAAAGGUAUCGACAGGGAGACAUGUCUCUGAAGCUCUUUCUCAGUUUAUUUUUACAAGGAGAUGAGAAGAAUAUAUACUUAUGGCACACUUGGGUUACCUAUACUGCAAAAUCAUCACAUCCGCUAGCAGUGCAAUACAUAGCAGUGCAAUAUUUUUUGGCUUGCUCACUGUCAAAGGACUUGCCGUGAAAAAGCCUUCCUAGCAGAGGAGAAUUUUAUUAUUGUAAUUUUAUUUCACGAGACAGCUACUAAUUUGCACAGUUCCUCGUUUUGUUCAUAUACUGUACAUUGUCCUUACAGUCCAUAUCAAAACCAUUGCUGUAGUCAAAGUGUGGCUCCCAUCCCUGACAACAGUAAGCUGCAACCCUGAGUUUGAGGUUAAACCCUACCCACAAUUCAUCUGUACCUGGCAGCAGAAAUCAGUAGAGGUCUACCUUUCAACAGUCUUUAUUUUACAGGAUUUUCUAAAAUGUUUUAGGCCCUGCAAGGGACAAUACUUGGCAAAUCUGAGAAUAGUUUGAUUAUAUAUAUAUAGUGACCCUGGAGUGGAAUUUGGGCAAACCUUCAUCUUUUGAAGGUUUAGGAGGGAAAGCUCUGGGCGGUGAGGCAAGAUAAAAACCACAAGAAGAGCCAUCUUGUGUCAUGCUUAUUGGUUCUACCUAAAAAAAUGUCUACACUGUAGAUGACACAUUGAAGCGCUUAAUGUAAACUUGUACUUUGCCGUUACCAGGCCCCAUACCGGCCUAAACCUUCUCUUUGCUCCCCUUCACCAAGGAAAGUGACAUGCCCAGUGCUUUAAGGUAUGUAGAGCUUGUGACUUGCUCCACUUUCUCUAAUGUAACAGUUGUGGUACGUGGUCAACUUAGGAACCCAGUGCUGUCAUGUUGGGGUGGUAAAAGCGCCCCUGGCUCUGUUUUAGCUCUAUGUCAUGACUUGAAGCUUUCACAGGGCUUUUCCUGCCACUCAGUUCCCCAAUGGAAGCAAAGAGAAGGCAAGUGCACUAUUUUGCCAAACAUAUGUGAACAUCCCUGCAAAUAUUUGCGCUCAGGUGUUUCCAGUGAAGGGUAUGUUUAAUGCUACAGCAGUAAUGUACAAAGAUUUUAUUAUACAAUUAUUUACUUCCAGAAUUGUUCUUUUCUGUUCCAGCAUAACUAUGUUGCUCUUCACAAAGCCAAGUUUAUAAAAACAUGGUGUGAUGAGUUUGGUGUGGAGGAACUUGAGCGGCCUGUACAGAGCCUUGACCUCAACCCCUCUGAAAACCUUUUGGAUGAACUGGUAUGCUGAUUGUGAUCUCAUCCAGAAUUGGUACUAAUGCUGUUUUGGCAAGAUAGGUACAAAUUCCCCAAAUCACACUCCAAAAUCUUGUGGAAAGACUUCCUAGCAGAGUGAUGGUUGUUUUAGCUGCAAAGUGUGUCCAACUAAUGUCCAGGUUUUGGUAUGAUAGUAAGGUGUCCACAGAUUUUUUGCUGUAAACUAUAUAAACAGCAGUGGCCAUUGGCCUGUAUGGGUAAAGCACUGGUUUUCUUUAAAGGAUCACAUUAUUCUGAUACAUUUUAUACUGCAAAAUGACCAUAAAGCUACCAUCUAGACCACCUGACUUUUUCUCUUGCGAGAACUGUUACAUUUCUUUUUGUUGCCAGCUACCUACCUUACAUACAGCUUUCUAGAGAACACUUGUUUGGAAAUCACAUUCAAAUUCAGUGUGCCUAACUACAGUUCCACUAUGGCAAAAAAUAAAAUGUAAAUAUUUGCCAUUAGAGAAAUUGGUUACUUUACUGCCUAGACCCACAUACAAAAUUAUACAUUGACAAAAUUGUACAACAUGGAUUAUUUGGUUGAUGCAUUUCUAGUAAGGCAGCAUUGGGCUUUAAAGCGGACCUCUUUCUUUCUGAAGUACAUUUUGAACUGGCUAUGAAUAUAAUUCUUUGUUUUUUAAUAACGCUGUUCAGAUUCAAAAUC